CCCCCCCCUUCUCCCCCCCUCCUUCUCCUCGCAUCCUUGGAAGCAACAAUUAAGCAGCUCUAGGAUAAAACACACUGCCUGCGAGAGCACGGGGGCAUUGCUUCAAGAGAUGGCAAGGCAGGCAGCUGCACCCCUCCUUCCCGGAGUUCUCCUCCUCUUCUCCAUCCUCCCGGCUUCUCAGCAAGGAGGGGUCCCUGGUGCUAUUCCAGGAGGGGGAGUCCCAGGAGCAGGCUUUUUCCCAGGUGCUGGGGUUGGAGGUUUGGGAGCAGGGCUUGGGGCUGGAGCUAAACCUCCCAAACCAGGGGUUGGAGGCCUUGGGGGACUCGGCCCACUUGGGCUGCCACCAGGUGCUGCAGGUCUCUUUCCUGGAGGCGUCUUCCCAGGAGGCGCCUUCCCUGGUGCUGCGUCUGCUGCUGCGCUCAAGGCUGCUGCCAAAGCUGGUGCGGUGGUACCGGGCGGGGUGCAGCCCGGAGCUGGUGCAGCAGCGAAACCCCCCAAAGUACCAGGUGCUGGGAUUCCUGGAGCUUUCCCAGGUGGCGUGCUACCUGGCGCAGGUGCCCGCUUCCCUGGCAUAGGGGUGCUGCCUGGGGUGCCCACUGGUGCUGGAGUCAAGCCAAAAGGUCCAGGAGCAGGAGCCUUUGCAGGAAUUCCGGGACUAGGAGGUUUUGGAGGUCAGCAGCCCGGUGUCCCUCUGGGGUAUCCCAUCAAAGCUCCUAAGCUCCCAGGUGGCUAUGGAUUGCCCUACAGCACGGGCUUCGGCCCCGGUGGGAUAGGAGCCGGGCUGGGAGCAGGAGGAAAGGCAGGGUACCCCACUGGGACAGGAGUUGGAGCCCAGGCAGCAGCAGCAAAAGCAGCAGCCAAAUAUGGAGCCGGUGUCCUGCCUGGGGCUGGUGGCAUCCCGGGAGUCGGUGGAGUGGUACCCGGUGUGGGUGUCGUGCCAGGAGCUGGAGUGGUACCCGGUGUUGGUGUUGUGCCAGGAGCUGGAGUUGGAGGGCCGGCGGCAGCAGCAGCAGCGGCAAAGGCGGCAGCGAAGGCGGCAGCGAAGGCAGGAGCUUUUGCUCCAGGGGCAGUGCCCGGGGUCGGCGGUGUCCCAGGCUUCGUGCCCGGUGUUGGCGGUGUCCCUGGUUUGGUGCCUGGUGUUGGAGGCGUCCCCGGGGUGGCAGGAGUUGGUGGGCCAGCAGCAGCGGCGGCAGCAGCAAAGGCAGCUAAAUAUGGAGCUGGCGUUGGCGUUCCAGGCAUUGCUGGUGUUCCUGGUGUUCCUGGUGUUCCCGGUGUCCCUGGUGUGCCUGGAGUCCCCGGCGUGCCCGGUGUGCCCGGUGUUGCUGGGGUUCCUGGCGUGGUGCCCGGCGUUGGAGUGGGUGCACCAGAUGCUGCUGCAGCAGCAGCGAAGGCUGCAGCGAAAGCCGCAGCGUUCGGAGCUGGGCGCGUGCCUGGUGUUGGUAUGCCUGGUGUCAGUGUGCCAGGAGUUGGUGUUCCUGGCGUUGGCGUGCCUGGAGUUGGUGUGCCCGGUGCUGGCGUGCCCGGCCUGGUACCUGGAGUUGGAGUUCCAGCAGCUGCCGCCAAAGCAGCCAAGUAUGGAGCAGGUGGCCUGGCUCCUGGCGUAGGUGGCCUGGCUCCUGGCGUAGGUGGCCUUGCUCCUGGUGUAGGUGGCCUGGUUCCUGGAGUGGGUGGUCUGGCUCCUGGAGUGGGUGGUCUGGCUCCUGGCGUUGGAGCUGUCCCAGGGGCUGGAGCUGCAGCAGCAGCCAAAGCAGCAGCAAAGGCAGCCAAAUUCGGUGCCGGGGUCGGAGGGGUGCCCAGUGCAGUGCCUGGCGCGGUGCCUGGUGUUGCUGGAGUGCCAGGAGUGACACCUGGUGUUGGUGCUGUGCCCGGAGUGGUGCCAGGCGUGGGGGUACCAGGGACCGGCAUCCUCCCUGGGGCAGGCAUCCCCCAAGUAGGGGUGCAGCCUGGUGCCAAACCUCCCAAAUUUGGUGUUCCUGGGGUUGGACUCCCAGGGGUCGGCGGUGUCCCAGGUGGCCUUGGAGUCGGUGGUCUUGGAGUUGGUGGCCUUGGAGUUGGUGGCCUUGGUGCUGGAGCCUUGUUUCCAGGAGCUGGGAAACCUCCAAAGCCAGGUUUUGGUGUUGGGGGGCUGCAGCCAGGUGUCGGUGUUCCCGGUUUCGGCGUGUCACCAAUAUUUCCAGGUGGGGUUGCCGGCCAGCUGGGAUUCGGUGGGAAGCCCCCCAAGACCUUCGGAGGAGCCCUUGGUGCCCUGGGCUUUAGAGGCGGUGUGGGCUGCGCACAAGGGAAAUACUGCGGGAGGAAGCGGAAGUAAUCCUGCCAUCACCGAUGACCUCAUGAACUUUGGUGCUACUGCAUGGUCCAGAAUGUAAAAACCCAAGCAAAGCUGAGAGAGCCCCCUUCCCAAAAAGCCCGGACCUCCCCAUCCCGGGGCCAUUCCCAGCUCCACAUUCCCAGGAGGGCCCGUUCCCCUCCCAGCCUCUCCGUCCCAUCAGGGAGCGCAGAAUAAACGGUGGGGAGCAGCUGCCCUGCUUGGUGCUAUCGCUCCCUGGGGGACCAGGGGGGUCCUUGGGGUGUCACCCCCACCCCAGCCCCAGAGCUGACCCGGGGGGGGUGGUGCAGGUGAGGCGCACCCUGUGUUGGAAGGAGGUGUGUCCUGGCAGUGGGGGGCUGUGCGAGGGGGCUGUCCCCAUCACCCUGGACCCCCUACCCCCCCAGCUCCCUGUGCUGCCCCAGUCCGGUGGGACGCGGGCAGAGGGGCUUGGUCUCCUCAUAUUUCUCACUUUGCUGUGUGGGACGCCCUGUUGCGAGGGCCUCGCUUCCAACAGACAAAUAAAGGACAAGUUUUU